UCGCUUCUGUUUGCAUGGAUCGUUUAUAGGCAGGUGCCGAGCGCCGACACCUGAAUGACGCCAGAGAUUAAGGAAUGAAGCGCAAACUUGUCGAUCCUUUGGUGCAAGACAAACUCUUUCACCACAAGAUUAAAUAGUUUGUUCUUUUUAAAGAAAACGCACGAUGCUCUGACACAAAAUUACUGUAAGGUGGACACAUUCCCGAGGAGGCAGCUGGCUCUUUAAGAGCCAUUACGUGAGCUCCGGCAGGGAAUGAUUGGCUGCGAAGAGGUUUAGGGAGGAAAUUACACCGUCAGUCCUGAGCUGUUGCGAUAGUGGGUGGUCGAAACAGGGUGAAGUACUGGAGGAAGAGCUGUGAAAAUGCCUUAUGUUCUCAUUAGUACCCAGAUCCGGCUGGAAACUGGACCCACGAUUGUUGGAGAUGAGAACUCAGAUGUGAAUCUUAUGAACUACCUUGGAGCUGAGAAAACCACUGUAUUAGGAAAUAAUUUCUCAGAAUAUCGGGUUAAAUACCCCCCACGAGUGGUGCUGGAUAAACUGGAGGUUCUUGGCUACCAUGUAAUCAGCAUGACAGGCGUGGGACAGACCCUAGUCUGGUGUCUACACAAAGCUCAACUUGACCCUUAAACAAAUAGAACUGAAUCCUUUGCCUAUUGUCAGAGAUGGUUUGUCUGCCUAUAAAGGAGAGAAGCUGAACUCUUACUUUUGCUGUUCAGCGCAUUCAGAAACAUUUGUUAGAAAUAUUCAGACUCUAGAUCAGCGUUCCCAACCUUUUUUAUGCCAUGGACCUCUAGUGUUAACCGAGGUUAGGAACCCCUGCUCUAAAUCCAUUGGUUUUUAUUUCUCACCCCCCCCCCCCUUGCUGUUAGUUGUUCUCUCCUAUUGGGUGGGGGAGCAAUCUUACCCUUCACCCAAACCUCAGCAGUGACUCGAUGACGUAUUGAUCACCAUUGCCCCCUCAUCCUCCAACACACCUGCAUAAGGAACACUGGUUUGUGAGUGGGAGCAGAGUUUGGGAUUGAUUCCCUUCCCUGCACCCUCAUCCUUCUGAACACUAUCAAUGGCAGAUCAGCUAGCUCAGGACAGUCAUGAAUCACAAGGCAUCUAAUUAGUUCUUAAUGCACUGAAAGGCGCAAUUAACAUACCUACACCACACCAUUGUGAAGGGGACUAUUUAUUUUGAAAAUUGUGGUACAUUAAUAAUUGCAGCCUAACAUUCAACUGUACUAUUGGAAUGUGAUGUUUAGUUUAUUAACAAAGCCUAGUCUCUGACCAGUCUUACAUUGAUUUCAUUUGCCAGUGGUUCAUUAGAGAGAAGGACAAUUGGUACUGUAACUCAGUACCUUGCUCUCUGACUUUGUGACCUAUGUCACGGACAGCAAAAAAAAUACAAGUUUCCACACCUACUCACAAGCCACAGUGGGAAUGCUGUAAAUGAUGGAGUGCGGGAGAGGAACAGAUUACGCUGAUGCCUUUAACUCCUUAAAUACAAUGUAAAUAAUAACCAAUGCAUUUCAAAAUAAUUACUUGUGAGACACUUCUCAAACGUUAUGAGUUGUGUUUUCGCUUUUCUACUGACCUUCACUGUCCAAUUUCACAUUGGCAUAAUGGCACUUAAGUGAUUCUCUAAUAAAUGAUUUGAUCACUG